AUGUUAUCCUCUCUACCUUCUUUUAUCGAGGCGGUGUCUACUGAGGACUCGUGUGGUCUUGAUGAAUACACGUUAAGCUUUUCACUUAUGGCUGGGCACACCUUAAACAUCGCUGGCAUGUCCCCUUGUCUGAAUACCUCUGUCAUCGAUUUUGAUCCAGAAAUUCUUGACACAAGUGUUGGCACACUUAGUAACUUCAGCCUGCCGCUUUCGUGGCACAAUCUGAGCUACCGAGUUGGUGACAGGCAGGUGCUAGACAACCUCACCGGGACCGCGCUAUCUGGUCGCUGUCUGGCGAUCAUGGGUUCUUCUGGUGCUGGCAAAACAACCUUUUUGAAUGCCAUUUCUGACCGGCUGAUCUCUGGCGGUGAUAGCAAAUUGUCUGGAAGCCGCCAGCUUGGCGACAUUCAGUACGAGCAGACUUUCCACAAAGCGUUGGGCUUUGUAACACAGGACGAUAUUAUUUCCUCAAUGACUACCCCAUAUGACGCGAUGUGGUUCUCCUUGCGCACCCGUCGUGGAACGGAACGCAAGGAGACCCAUAGGCGUGUGAUGGAGAUGCUGGAUAUUCUAAAACUAGUUCACUGCAAGGAUACAGUGGUCGGUGUGCCAGGCGCAAGCGCAGGUCUGUCUGGGGGGGAGCGGAAGCGGACCUGCAUUGGGGUCGAGCUCAUCUGCGAUCCCAGUAUUUUGCUACUGGACGAGCCAACCUCGGGGCUGGAUUCGGUGACGUCCGCGAAGCUGAUAAACCAGCUGCGAGAGCUGGCUCGGCUCGGCCGCACCAUCAUUUACACUAUCCACCAGCCCACCGCCGAGGUGCUCUCAUUUUUCGAUGACCUCAUGCUCUUGACAGGCGGCCACUGUGCCUACCACGGCACGAUGGCGGAUUCGCUGGAAUACUUCAAGUCUAUCGGCUUCAAGUGCCCCGAGCGCUACACCGCGGGGGAUUACUUCAUGACGCUGCUUCAGGACGAGCGGACGUCGCAGGAGCUCGUGGAGCGAUGGGAAAAGCAUCUGAGAGGUGGUAGGCGCACCCCGCACUCGACCUCCAUCCGGGUCGUGAUGCGACGCGAAGAUUCGAUCGCGCUGAAAUUCCUUAGAUUAUGUAAUAAAAAAUUCGAGUCCUCAAUAUUCAUCCAAUUCAGCGAAGUGUUCAGUCGUCGUUUUGAUGAGCUAAGACGGGACCGUGUGUUCAUUGUAGCACUUUUUGUACAGUCGCUUUAUUUUGCAUUUAUGGCUGGGCUGAUUUUCAUGCACAUUGGCAUGGAUACCGCAAGUAUUCAGGAUCGUGAGGGCCUUCUUUAUAUGGUAAUUUCGAAUCGUUUGAUGGGUUCUAUUUACGCCAUUUUAAGCUUAUUCCAUAGAGCUCGUGUGAUUUUCCUGAAUGAGCAAAAGUCUGGCUCCUACUCACCUUUUAUUUACUUUGCUGGUACUGUGUCUGCUCAGCUGCCGUUUCUAGUUUUCCUGUGUCUCAUAGAAUCGGUUAUCAUAUAUUUUUUAACUGGACUCUACGCCUCCGCCGGUGCCUUCUUCACGUACUUUUGCGUUAUGUUGAUGUUUCAGGAUGUUUGUGUGGGUAUUGGCAUAUUGCUUUCAGCGUGUUUUGAAUCGCUGACGCUCGCCACUAGCAUGGUGGCCUUGAUAAAUUUGCCUUUUAUAUAUGCGAGCGGCCUUUUCGCCAGUACCGACCGCCUGAGGCCGUAUUUCUACGUAUUCGAAAAGCUUUCGUAUAUUAGGCAUGCCUUCAUCCUUCUGUUACGGAAUGAGUUAAAAUAUAUUAAUCAUAUCGACUGCGACGAGAAGAUAUAUGGCGAGUUGUUCUGUCACAACCAGCCUCACAAUGGCAAGGACGUGCUGAUACAGCUUGGCUUUGACCCGGACCCACAGUCGACUGACCUGUGUAUGUGGCUAUCGCUUAGCUUUAUAUGGAUAAUUGUUCGGAUCCUCGCUAUCAUUGCACUAAAAAUAGUCUCUCGUCGGAAGGGGUGA